UAUCUGUUAUCCAGAAAACCCCAGGUCCCAAGCAUUCUAGAUAACAGGUCCCAUACCUGUAAUCGGCCGUUUAUGAGCUGCUGGAAAUUCCCUUUUAUUUCCACUAUCCCCUCCCCUAUCUAUUGUAUAAAGCAGCAGCAUAAUAAAACUGAAAGUAACAGAGGGCUGAUACAGACACAGGAGAUCAGCAAAGGAAAGCAAGCUCAAGCAUAGGCCGAGGAACUUGAAAGACCCUCUUUAACUACAGUUAUGUCCAAAGUACUACGUCUAAAAGUUUCCCAGGACAACCAGGAGAAGGUCAAUGGGUUCCGUGAAGCUCUAUUCUCUCAGGUGCAGCAUUUCCUGUUUGAAUUCCUUCCAGAGAAGAUUCAACAGAUGGAUAAUCUUCUGAAGAGCGAUCUUUUCAAUGUGGAGGACCUGGCAACCCUUCAUACUGAGUUGAACAUUCCUAUUCCUGAUCCUCCAACUCCGGAGUCUGAGGAUUCAUCCAAGAUGGAGACAGAUAAAGAAGAAAAAAAAGCUCCUCGAUGUGGGUUCCUGAAGGAGAAUGAGAAGUUGCACAAAGUCCUCAACAUUGUUCAGCCUGAGAUACGAAGCCUAAGAGAAGGAUGUGCCCUGAUUAUCACCUGGAUCCAUCACUUGAUACCAAAAAUUGAAGAUGGAAAUGACUUUGGAGUAUCAGUGCAGGAAAAACUGGUAGAACGUGUAACUGCUGUAAAAACCAAAAUAGAGACUACACAGACCAGCAUCUCUAAAUAUUUUUCAGAGAGAGGAGAUGCUGUUGCCAAAGCUUCUAAGGAGACACAUGUGAUGGAUUAUCGAGCUUUGGUUCAUGAGAAAGAUGAAAUUGCAUUUGUAGAUCUAAGAAUAGCCUAUACUGAAGUACGAAACUUCUAUGUUGAAAUCUUUGACAUUAUUCUGAAGAAUUUUGAGAAAAUCACAAACCCUAAAGGAGAGGAGAAGAGUUCAAUGUACUGACAUUUUUUUCUCUAUGUCUGUAGCUACUGUGAUGCAUAAACACUGUUUUGCACUGGAUGAAACCAAAUCAAAAUAAUAAACUAAGUGACAAAAGUGA